AGCGUGCCAUUCAUUUGGAUUACUGACAUCUCUCUCUGUACACGGCGUCUGUUGCUCUUUGCUUGCAGCACAGUUCGUACAUAUUUAUAAAACCCUGUUCCUCUUGCAUCUAAAUCAAGACCACCAAGAGUAUACCAACAUGAAUGGCCUCCUCUUCCUGCUGUACUGUGUAGAAAUCCUGGGUGCACUGCUGUGUGGAGUUAAAGGCAGCCCAGAGAUUACCUCUGGAGAGAUAGGAUGGGAUAAUCAUGAUGAUGAAGAAACUCCUCUCCCAACCAAACAGGACUCAACUCAACUUAUUAACGACGACUCCAGCAGCGCGCCUGAAGACAGCAGACUGAUCAAUGUUGAGAAUCUUACAACAGUCUCCCUAUUGUCCAGUAGUCUUAGGACUUCACCUUCACCUGCCCCACAGAAACCCACCACCACUACCACCACCUCCUUCACCACCACCACCUCCACCUCCUCCAUCAGGGCUCCUAACGGCAUGUUUUUCCAAAAGGAAUGUCUCACUGUGUACAUGGUGACUGGCGGACUGAUCAUAGCCUGUAGUAUUUUACUGGCUUCUACCUUGUUGUUGACAUGGAGGGUGUGUCAGUUGAACAGACACCUGAAGAUGCUGAGCACAGACGCCGACCUGAUCAGCACCUCUCAGUACUGGAUGGGGACUGCCAGGAAGACCAAAAGCAAGUCAGAGACACAAGCCAAAGAAACCAGCAUGUUAAUGGCUGACUUCAGUCAGACUCAGGAGGACAUGGCUGACGGUACCACCAAGGAUGAAGAAGCCAAGGUGGAUGAGGAUGGACAGAAGGGAGAAGAAAAGAAAGGAGACACUGCCAGCAGUGAGAAAGCUUCAGCAGGUGAGAAUAAGAAGGAGACACCUGCAGCUGAAAAUUCCUCCUCCUCUGGUCCCCCAGAAGAAACCUCUCCCCAGGCUGCGGCUGCCUCCUCCUCUGAGGCCACACAGAAACCAAAGGAUGAAGUGUAGAGUCAUGUUGAUGGGUGUGCCAAAGAAUUUCCCAAGAGACUGCCUUCACUUCUCUUUAGCGUUUACAUUCACUUCACUGUAAAUGAAGAAUACAGUUUUUUUUUCAGCAGCUUUCACUUUUUAGUCAUUUGUGUUUGUUGCUAAAUGAGCAUUCCUGGUUGGAAACGAUUGGUUGAAACUGUAUUUCCAUCUAAUUUGUGUUUUGUUUUAUGAAUAUUAAAAUAUAUUAUUAUUGUAAUACACUUUUGUGUGAUGUAAAAUACAGCUUUUAUGAUGGAGAAAUAAAACACCCAUUGUAA